CUAACAUAGUCCUUAUUGUACGCGACUUUUUCUCCUCUCUUCAUCUUCUUUCUACCCUCCUCCAAACCAUAAUAAGCAUUAAUUUUUAUUUUUAAUUUUUUUUACAGAAUAAAAUCUUUCAAUUAGUCGAAAUUUCACAUCGUGAUUUUUCUAUCCCCAUCUCUUUAUAGGCAUGGAAGGUGUGAAAGAGCAAGAACUUGUUGAAGAUAAAGCUGCUUCAAUGCCAUCAUCUCAAGAAGAGGAAGAAGUUAUAAAAAAGAAAUAUGGAGGAAUUGUGCCUAAGAAACCUCCUCUUAUUUCUAAGGAUCAUGAAAGGGCAUACUUUGAUUCUGCUGAUUGGGCACUUGGAAAGCAAGGUGUUGAGAAACCUAAAGGACCACUUGAAGCCCUUCGGCCCAAAUUACAGCCUACACAACAACAGACGCGGUACCGAAAAUCGCCUUAUGCCCCAUCAGAUGGUGAAGAUGCAGGGAGUGCUCCGGCUGAGGAUGCAACUGCAAAUGAAUGAGGAUUUCUUGUUGGCCUUGUGAUCUAGGGAGAAAUUCUGAUUGUUAUUUUAAUACCUGAACAGGUUAUGAGUAGUUUUCUGUUGUUUCAGAGAAAUAAAGUUUGAAUAUUUGCCAAAAUAGAGAGAAAGAAGAAAAGAAAAAGAAGAAGAAAAAAUUGGAUGAAUUAAGAGUGAGUGUAUGAUCUGUGUAAUGUUAGCAUACAUUGCUUUGUUGGUCUGUUGAAAUACAGUGAGGGUAAUAUUAGUAGAGAGGCAGCAUGUAGUAUUUAUGGCUGUCGCCUCUGUUCUAUAA